AUGAGCGCGCUUCUCGGAGGACGAAUUGCUGUUGUUACCGGUGAGUUUUUCUGGUUUUCUUAUAUGGUGUAGCUUUCUUUCAGCAUUGUUUAAAAAAAAUUUUUCAGGAGGAGGAUCAGGAAUCGGGAAAGCCAUCUCUCAAACCCUUGCCAAGCAUGGAGCUCGUGUGGUCGUCGCUGAUUUGGACUCAAAUGCAGCUGCUGCUACCGCUGGAGGACUGGAGCCCACUCAGAGCCACGCAUCGUUUGCAUGUGACGUAUCCAGCGCCGAAAGCGUUAAGACACUAAGCGAGAGUGUGAAGAAACUCGGAACUCCGUCUAUUUUGGUUAACUGUGCUGGAAUCACAAAGGACUCAACUCUUAUAAAGAUGAACCAGGAAGCUUGGGACAGCGUUAUUAAAGUGAACCUUACUGGAGUGUUCCACGUUAGUUAAAACUAUUUGCUGUGCAGAAUAUUCAGAUAACCUUCUUCUUUAGGUGUCACAAGCCUUCGUAAGAGCUUCUGUUGAUGACAACAACCGCCCACUCUCCAUCAUCAACGUUUCAUCUAUUGUUGGAAAGAUGGGCAACUUUGGACAAACCAACUAUGCUGCUACCAAGGCUGGAGUCAUCGGAUUUACGAAAUCAGCCGCCAAGGAGCUGGCUAAAAAGGUUUGUUUCAACUCUUAGCGCGUGACGAUCAGAAGAAUCCGUAUUUUUUUGCAUUUUGCUACAAAAUCCAAAGGAACAUUUUCAGAACAUUCGCGUGAAUGCAGUGCUUCCUGGAUUCAUCAAGACCCCAAUGACGGAGGCGAUGCCCCCGAAAGUACUUACCGACAUUUGUUCAGGAAUCCCGAUGGGGCGAAUGGGCGAAUCGGAGGAAAUCGCCAAUUCGGUUCUCUUCCUGGCCUCCGAUCUCUCCUCGUAUGUGACUGGUGCCACUCUCGAAGUCACGGGUGGAUUUUCCAUGUAA